UCAUAACGCGAGUAGGUGGCUACUUACUAGGAAAACAAAGACAGGCGGCUGUGAGUCUACAGCUACAGAGGGCGCAGCUUUGACGAUGGACUAUCUGAACUACUCAUACAGAAAGCAAGCUAAACACUUAGAAACAACUAUCUGACACCGACAGCUACUUAAAAAGUUUGAUUUGGAGGCGUUGGGUUUCUUCAUUGUGAGAAUUUUUUAUCAGGAAUCCACAGGUCUUGUUUACAUUCAUGAAUAUAGCCAUGAAAGAAAAGCCUCCGCUUUUAAUUUAAGAGACGGCGCUUUUAAUUCAGUCUGGAUGUUUCUGUUUCGGUAAGAAGGAUCUUUUUUUCAAGAAUAGCAAGAAACCUUUAGUUAGUCCUGUUAGUUUCAAUGUUUGUUUUUAAACUCAGGAAAUGUAGUCGCUACAAAGCUCUGUAUCGUGACUUUUAUAAACAGCAUUUAUUACAGGUAACGGGAAUUGGCGCGGUUUUCCAGGAAGACUCAAUCUGAGACGCCGCCCUAUUAUUAGAGUUCUCAGGAUGGCAACUCAAGGCAAGGUUGGGUUGCAUUUAUUGUUGCUGUACUUAUUUGCUGUGCAGGACGGCAGUCUGGUUUGUGUAGAUGUGCCAUCGGAGACAGAGGCCGUCAAAGGGGGUUUUAUGAAGUUGACCUGCAUCUUCUGCAUGAAACGAGAGGAGAUCAAUGCAUGGACCACAGUGGAUUGGUACUACAUCGGUGCGGAUAAAAGCAGCGUGCUUAUUUUUCAGUACAAUGGUGAGCCGCGUGAGCCGAAGAACUUAAAGGACCAUUGGAGGGGUCGUCUGGUGUGGAACGGCAGCAAGGACAUGCAGGACAUUUCUAUUGGCAUUCAAAAUGUCAGUCUAAAUGACACUGGCACUUAUGAAUGCAAGGCUUUCCGCCUAUAUAAGUAUGAGUCAUUCACACUGUUUGGCAAUAAGACGAUCACCAUCGAUCUACAUGUUAAAGAAACGGCUUACUUAUUGGAAGGCACUACUACAGACAUCACGGCCCUGUAUUCAGAGAUCAUGAUGUAUGUUCUCCUGGUGUUCCUCACUUUCUGGUUGCUGGUGGAGAUGAUCUACUGCUACAGGAAGAUCUCCAAAUCUGAUGAACAGACGCAGGAUAGCGCGACAGACUACUUAGCCAUUCCUUCUGAAAAUAAAGAAAACCCGGGCCCUGCCGUAACGGAAUAAAAGUCUCACACCAUUACGUUACUGACGAGUCUCAAAAGUAACCAUCUGAAAAUGGAGAACAGGAGCUGAUCUACUGUAAUUCACAGACUGCCAGAGAAACCUGCCAAAUGAAAUCCCCUUUGUCUUGAUCAUGUGUUGUCUGAAAGCAACUCUCAAUUGGUUCAUUAUCUUCUGCUGUCUCAAUGGAAGUCAGCUGUAACACGCCCAGAUUGAUGAAGACAUGUACUGUAUGUAUCUGUUCUCAAAUUUUGCCUUAGCUGAGACACGAAUACAGCAGACCAGAACUCAAGAGCUGUCAGACUGCCUAUGUACGCACUUUUCUUCAAUCAAUCCUAAUUGUCAAAAGAAGCCUUUUCCUUUUUGGUAUAUACUGUAUUAACUCUUUUGAUAGACAUAGAUAAUAAGCCUGGAUUCUGAUAAGACUUGGUAUAUUUAUUGUGUUUUCUAUAAAAUUAAUCUCAUUCUAGUUUUUUUUAUUGUUUUUUAAUCUUUCUAAAAGCUUUUAUGUCCCUUGACUUUGCCACUUUGGAAUAAAUCGAAAAAACAGUGUAAAGCAAUGAAACAACUUUAAUGAGGUCAUACUGUACUGUGUAUAUGAGCAGUGAGUGCUUUUUGUAUGAUUGGAAGGAAAGAUGUGAUCUGUGUUUACAGUCGGUCACCGCUAGACUGAAUGCCAUUAUUUAUUACAUUAUUUGCAGUAAUGUUUUAAGUCAUCUUUAUACUAUUCAAAUUUUUAAACUGCCUAUGUCUAAUGUCCUUAACAUGUUGAUUACAUUGACAAGUUAUGAUAUAGACAUUAAACAGUAACAAUCAGUUUCCUUGGUAAGAAAACAGUUUUGGGGCUGUACUUUGGGUUUGUAAUUUUAUUAUUACUUUGCUUUUUAAAUUAUUUUAUACAGUACAGGUCAUUGUGAUGGUAGUUAGCACUUCGCUUGCUCUGGCUUGUUAUAAUGGAACUUAUUAUUCGUAAAAGCUUGUCAUGUACCAUUAAACAAAGACAAUGCA